CCCACAAAUGAAGAAAAGACCAGGAAGUACAAGCACGCUCACAUUCACAACAAUGGAGUCAAGCACAGAUGCGGUUCCUCAGAAUAUGUUUACUUGCCAUUUGUGCAAUUUAUCUACACCAUUCACAUACUACGGACAGAAGCCACCCAAUACCAGGGCUAUUGUCUUGUUGGAAGAGUGUUUUGUGACCAAGGAUCCUUUCAGUCCAGACGGAGAGAGGUUCCUUAUCCUGGGAUCCAACUGCAGUUUGUGCCACAUCACAGUUUGUGUUGGAACGGGCUGCAGCCUUUUCUACUCCAAGCGAUUCUGCAUGCAGUGUGUGAACAAACACUUGGACCAGUUCCCCCCUCACAUUCAAGCUGAGCUCGCCAAGAAAAAGCAGCCAUCAAAGACAGAUGUUUCAUGAUUUCUGUAAGACACAUAUUAAAGACUCUGGAGGUACUUCAGGAAGGAAAAUAUCUAGCCUUUCAAUUAGAAGAUAUCUCUCAGGGUUGUGGCUAGCGUGCUUGCCUUGGUCAGGUGACCCGGGUAGUAUUCCCACUUAGGGCGAUACUCUCGUGAUAUACCCCGCUGGAAUAGCCAUGUUUCUGUUUUGGGAGAAAUGGUUGGAACUGAGCAACUUCUGGGCCACAUAAGGGAUUCUACUUGGUGUCAUACAGUUUUACCACUAGAUGGCAGUAAAGACUUAUUACCAGACUGAAAAUGACAGUUAAUUACAUCCCUCAUUCACAGCAGCUGAAUACAAGGAGUCCCAACAUCAAAAUAUAUAAUGUACCUUGUUUAAUAUUUCAGUAUAACAUGGACAAAUUUGACAAUAUGUUAAAAAUAUAUAUACUACCAGAAAUACAUGUAGUUUGCACUUUAUGAAAUAUGCUUCACCCAAGCAGUGAUAGAAAUGCUGUUUUUCUAUAGAUGACCUCAAUGUUUAUAAAACAAGAUGCACUGACUUGUUGACCUUGAAGAGUAAAUGAGAACUCUCUGCUCCCAAGGAACAUUCUGUGUAUGGCUCCCAAGGAACAUUCUGUGGAUGCCUCCCAAAUGGCACCCUGGCUGAAAGUAGUGCGCUAAAUAGGGAGCCAUUUCGGACAAAACUUAAAUUGUAUGUGUCCCAGUGAGGGAACUCCAAGUACAUAGGCAAUUGUAACCACUAAACUGCAGUGAUAGUCAGAUUGUGUCAAAGGCAGUUGACGAUAGGCGAGCUGCCAACUAUGAUGGAAGGCAUUUAACACUGAGGAAAUGUCACUCUGGACUGGAAGCAGAUUUAAAAAGCACAAACAAAAUGGAGAUAUUGGAUAUGUUGAACCCUUAACCCAACAUUGCCAAAUGCAGGACCGGUAUAAUUCCACAGAACCUUUCCCUCUCCCAGCUCUAGGGAGACCAUUCCAAACAAGAAUCUCCUUCCCCUGUUCCAAAAACUGACAAAGUGUCAUUCUAUGACCGAUCACAAGAGACUAAUCCCUUCUUUUGUCAUAAACCAAUAAAAAAUUAAUACCAUUUUUAUCUCAAUGGGUUGAUCUGUUUAACUUCUAAAAAUACAAUAUUCCUACAACCAUAUUCACCUUUAAGAAAGAAAUAUGGGUGGUUACAUGUUCUUAAACCAAGAAGCUCAUUUUCUGUUUGAAUAGCCUUCCCUGUCAAUCUGAUUCCCCAACUAGUAGUUCCUCUCUAAUGUCCCGUGUACACUAGCAAGCGGGAAAUUGCUGCAUGCUGCCAAGGCCACCCAGAGCGCCUCGCUUGUGGGCAUGCUGGCAGCAUAUAGUAGCACGUCGGAUUGGGCGUCAAGAAUGUAGCAUAGCAAAUGUGUGAAGGUCUGGUUAUUAAAUUGAGUAAAUGGUUUAAUCCAUUCUCCAUUUCAUGAAUUUAUUCACAGGUAAAUAGUAAUAUACUCUGAUGAAACUUUGCUACACUGUUUCCAAUCGUCUACAUGGCUGGGAGAACCUAUUCAAGCUCAGGUGUAUAACCAUGGCUCCUUCCACCUUCAAAGAAUAGAAGAGGGGACCAACCAUGGAGAAUAGUUAUAUCAGCUGUGUCGGUGAACCCCUCCCACAUCUGAACUGGCUGACAGAGGGCACAGUGAUCACAGAUAUGUUUUGAUAUGAGAGGAUGCCAACCCCGAGUCCCAUCUCCACCUCACCUGCUUUUAAGAUAACCUUUGGGCCAACUAGAGACACUAUUAUGUAAUUGUGAUGAACUGAGAGAAUAUUUGGGUAGCACCGUGAUUCAUUAAUCAUAUGCUGUCUUCCCUGCUCAUAUGUUCUUACCUCUUUCCCUUUGUCUUUUACACCUCUCGCCACCUCUUUCUUCCUCUGUUUUUAUAAUACACCACGCAUUGAAGUACAGAUUGAACUUGUAUUUAUAAUGCAUCUAUUUAUAACACUUGGAUAAUGAACUUCUUUCAAUAAAGCGUUUCACAUUC